CGACAUCGACGAGCUCUCUCCACUCCUCCGCAAAGGCAACAACAAUGGCGUCCGUCUACCGCUACCUGCAACGCCUCAGCCACGAGUCGCCCGUCAUCGUCUGGGCCCUCGGCCUCGGCUUCCUCGGCCCCGCCAUGGUCGUCACCGUGCCCCCUAUCCGCAAGCACCUUGGCUGGACCCCCGCCGAGCGCAUCCCCACGACCUUCCCUCUUCCCGACCGUGCCCGCCGACCAGUCUCGGGCUUCGAGGACCCCAAGAACUAGGCUGUUGAACCAAAUGCAUGGCGUAGAAGUCUG